AUGGUCUUUGGUGUCGACACAGUUGGCGGCGGUAACUUCCCUGACGAGGUCUUUCCACACGCAACAGACGAGUUGAAAUGUACUAUCCUCCAGGUGAAUGUACCGCUUUCGUGCCUUAAGCAGCAGCCACCUUCUUCAAGACUCCCUGUAUCGGUCUACAUCCACGGGGGAGGCUUUGUGCUCGGAAAGAUUGACGAGCAGCACAACACGUCUCUCAUGGUCGAGCAGUCGAUCCUCGAUGGCCAACCUAUCAUCGCCGCGAGCAUACAAUAUCGUUUGGGGGCGCUUGGCUAUCUACAUACUCCGGAGGCUGGAAAUGCAAAUCUUGCACUAAACGAUCAACGAAAUGCGCUUCUCUGGAUCCAAAAGUUCAUCGAGGGCUUCGGAGGAGACAGGAAGAAAGUUACUGCGUUUGGAGAGUCCGCUGGCUCCAUGUCAAUAUGCGCACAUAUGCUACGCCAACCUCUGUCUUCGGGUCCGCUGUUCCAAAGAGCAAUUCUCAUGUCUGGCAUUAUUGGGCCGACGACAGCACCGCUAUCACCCGAAAGCGCAACCAAGACAUACGACAGCUUCUUGAGAAGAGUUGGGAUUGAAGAAGAAGGCGAGGCAGGUCUGGAGAAAUUACGUCAGGUGGACGUGCAAAAGAUUGUCGAAGCAUCCGCCGCGCAUCGAGCGGCUGGCAAUAUGUGGCUUUUGGUUCAAGAUUCCGAAUGGUUUGGUGAUGAAGCGGGUUCGGUGACAUGGGACCGCAUCCCCGAGUUGCUUGGCAAAUGCGAGUGGGUGAAUGAGAUUAUCUUGGGCACUACAGGCUUCGAGGUAAGUCGAUGCUUCCAAUCAUACGUCCAAAUUGAGAAGCUUAUCCAAACACACAGGGCGUUACGUUGA